AUGUCGCCACUUCCAGGAGGCUCGCUAGAACUGCCUGAUGGCGCUGAAGAACAUGAUCUGCGUGAUGGCGCUGAAGAACUUGAUCUGCCUGGUGGAGCUGAAGCUUUAUUGGCCAAGUUACAAAAGGCAGUCAAGAAUGCAUCCCCUGCGAUGGUAGGGGACGGGUAUAAAAGACAUUACCAAUACAAAGGUCUCUCAGAAUGCGCGAAGUUUUCGAAGAUGGUCAUCGGCCACAAGGCCAAACAUAUUCUAGAAGUUCUACUACCCUCGGCAGGUUUGAAGCCAAAGUGCGAAGGGAAAACCAAACUUCCCGUAAUUCUUGGAUUCCACGCUGGGCUCAAAGUCCCCGAUGACUCUGUGGGCAUGGCUGUUUUGAUCACAGCUCCUGUCAAUAUCGAAAUAAAUUCAACUUCUAUGACGAAAGAUCAUUUUUGGCAGACAGGAAAGAUUUUAAUACUCAAGCCGGAAACGAGUAUAAAACGCAUUGACAGAGGCAAAAACUACGAUGCAAGCGUGGAAUUUAAGGAAAAAGACGGGGGCAAGACGGGGACUAUCGGCGAAUCUGCUAAGGAAAUUAUUCGUGUCUUUUAUACUGCUAUUGAGGUUGAGAAGAAUGACGAGCACCAUCACUGA